UGAGAACUACUGCUUUAGGGAGUAAACAUGUUUUUGUUUUUCCAGGUUUGUGCUGAAUCAUCGUGAUCGACCAACCAGCCGCCUCCAGUUUAUCUGAAGAUACUGAUGAGAUUAUUGAUCCGCCAAUCAAUCAAUCAAUCAAUGACCCUGGACUCCUGGUCUCUUUCUGCUGCAGUGCUGAUUCUGGAUUACUGAUUUUAUCGGAAUAUUUCUGAGCUUUUUGUCGCAGAUUUUUGUAAACUUUCUUCUUCCUGGUCAAAGAACUCUUGAAGCAUGGCAGCGUCAGAACUGAUCCAGGACAGCGACGAUGUCCGUCCUCAUGUGGAAGCUAACGUGACCACGACGAAUCCCCCAACGCCGCCAAGGGUCGCCAAUGGGAACCCAACCCGCCACGCCUCCCCGCCGCCGCCACCCUCCACGGACGCCCACGACGGCAAGACCCCUCAGGAGGGGCGUAAGCUGAGCAGCCUGCUGAAGCAGAACCACCUGAUCCAGUCUCUGAGCAGCGGGCUGAGGCGCCACUGCGACUACGUCAAGAUCACGGUGCCGGAGGAGCGCGCCAACCGCCUCCCCAAGGAGUGGUGGAAGACGGGCGUGGCCUUCCUCUACGCCGUCUUCGUGCUGGUCUUCACCACCGUCAUCAUCACCGUGGUCCACGAGCGCGUGCCGGACAAGUCGGUGAGCCCGCCGCUGCCCGACAAGUUCUUCGACUACGUGGACCGCGUGCCCUGGGCCUUCACCGUCACCGAGGUCAACGGGCUGAUCCUGGUCGGGCUCUGGUUCGUCCAGUGGAUCUUCCUCAAACACAAAGCGAUCAUCGGUCGCCGCUGUUUCUUCCUGAUCGGGACGCUCUACAUGUACCGCGCCGUCACCAUGUACAUCACCACGCUGCCCGUGCCCGGGAAACACAUGGUCUGCGCUCCCAAGCUUUACAACGACUCGACUGGGAAAAUCUGGAGGAUUUUGAGGCUGAUCUCAGGAGGAGGUCUGUCUCUGACCGGCUCUCACCUGAUGUGUGGAGACUUCCUGUACAGCGGUCACACCGUCAUGCUGACGCUGUCCUACCUCUUCAUCAAAGAGUACUCCCCCCGCUGGAUGCGCUGGUACGUGUGGAUCUGUUGGCUGCUCAGCGCCUCUGGAGUCGUCUGCAUCCUCGUCGCUCACGAGCAUUACAGCAUCGACGUGGUGGUGGGGUACUUCGCCACCACCAGGACCUUCUGGUGGUACCACACCAUGGCCAACACACAUACGCUGCGCCAGGCUCCCAACAACUACCUGUCGAGGACGUGGUGGAACCCCGUCUUUAACUUCCUGGAGAAGAACGUGCAGACGACGGUUCCCAUCGUGUUCUCGUGGCCCGUGGCGCUGCCCUCCUCCUGCAGGCAGCGCUACAGGAUGGUGGAGGGCGGCAGGGACGAGUGACCCGGGACUCCUGCAGCAGGACCGAGAACCUUAUUUAUGAGGACCAGCAUCUCCAGCUGAGAGCAGGAAGAGACGUUUACAUGAUCAGCUGGUGAUUGUUUAUCACUUAAACCCCCCCAAAACGGUUAAAAAGCAGUUAAUCCUGCUGAAUCAGCAGAGAGAGAGACAAUUUUUCAGCGUUUGUGCCAAAAAUUGAGGACAAAAGUUUGCAGCUUGUGGCCGUGUUUCAGUGAAAACAUUGUUUACUUGAUUUGAGUUCAGAUUAGCAAUUAUUACAAACAUCUCAAGCUAGUUUAAAGUUUAAAGAGUGCCAGUAAAUGCAAACUACCAUCCUGCAAACCGUGCGGGAUCUGCUGCAGCUGCAGGACUGGACUUCAGAUGUAGAUUUUGAGGGUUUUUUUUGGUUUUGCAGCUCAAACAGCAACAGAUCGACCAGCUGCAGAGGUGAAAAGCAGCAAUACCGGGCCUUGUGCAUGAAGGGUUUCUUAUUUUUCUCUUAUUUAUACACAGCAAUAAGAGGAAUAUAAGAAAAUCCUACGUGGGAGUCAUGAAACAUGUCAUGCCAUGUCUUUUUUGACAAUUUUACUUUUAUAAUUAACAUAUAAGAAAUAAACACAGCUAUAUUAACAUAGAUGAUGAUGCAUCAUAGCACAAAAAUGUAGUUAAAAUGAGUACAGAUAUUAUUAUAAUCACUCAAUAAAUGGUUUAAAAAGUGCAAAAACAUCCAAACAGAAACUCUGUUCUCACCGAAAAUUUAGAUUUAUCCGGUUCUUUAAUUGAAUAUGCCUGCCAGAAAAUGUGUAAUUAGCCCCGAUCACUGAAAUUAAAAAGUUAGAUUUAUUUUGAAAGGCAAUAAUGCAAAUUUAUGUAGAGUCGUGGCCAGCCGGAGUGUGAGCUUGCAGGCAUAUAGAGGCCGGAUUUAAUCAUCUUUAAUUAGUGUCUCAAUAAUUACAUUAUCUUCUGCUGUUUUGAGCUUUUACAUCAUCAUUAUUACCUUUUAACAGCACAAAAAGUGAGUCAGCGUUUGUGGGAAUUGGCAAAUUUUCAUUCAAAUUAAGAAGUACAAAAGUCUUAAUAGUCAGGCGGCUUAGCUAAAUAAAGGGGACACGCUGGACAAAAGCACCAAAUUUUUUCCACAUGCUCUCUAUCACCAUAGGUUUCAAUUUUUGGUAGGAGCCACUUCAUCAAGAUGGCCGAUCCGAGAUGGCACCCAUAUAAAGUCUAUGAGAACCAAUACAUCUUCCAAGCCACUCAGAAGGUCAAUCUUGGUGUCAAAAUCUACAUUUUCUGGG